AAUGAAGCAGGCCACUCGUUUGUCAAUCUAUGCGUUAUCUAAAAAGUUAUCUAAACUACAUAAUGUGUGUGAUCAAAUUUGUUGUGAGUGAUGACUAGCUUUCGGGAACUGCGAUUCGAUGAUUUGCUCAAAAUUAAUUCCUUAGUUUUCGAUGCCCUCACCGAGGUUUAUAGCCUGACCUUCUUUGUGAAGCACCUCCUGCAGUUUCCAGGACUUUCGCAGAUUGCCGAAGCUCCAGGUCCUGAUGGCAGACCCAUGGGAUAUAUAUUCGGCCAGUAUCAGGUCAAGAGGCACCAGGAACCCUAUGCUCAUGUGGCAGCAUUGACUGUAUCACCCGAGUAUCGACGUCUUGGAGUGGCCACCGCUCUCAUGGAUUAUUUCUUUGUGGUCUCAGACCUCAAAGGAGCUUCCUACGUAAGCCUCUUUAUGCGAACCAGUAACCAGGCUGCCUAUCAGUUGUAUACUUCCAUGGGGUAUGCUCAUCGGAAAACAUUCCAGGACUAUUAUCCGGAUGUCCCGAAGCCGGAAAGUGCCUACGAAUUGAGAAAGUACGUUCUCCGCCCCAUGGAGGUACAAUAAGCAGUACCAUCGCGGUGCCUUCGGAAUAAAUUGAAAGCUUUUUUUGUAUUACACAGCUAAUUAAAGAAAACCCAUUGAGGUGAAAAUUUAAA